AUGGAGUUCCUGAGCGACAAAUUCGCCUCCUAGAGCCCCCCCGGGGCCGCCGCCGCCGCCGCGGGCAAAGGCAGCGAGUUCUACCUGGCCCCCGCGGCCCCCUUGGAGCACGUCAUGGAAGCGCUGGACGGCGGCGAGGCCUUCUACGGCAAAGCCGCCGGCAGCAAAUGCGUGGCCGCCCAGGCCGCCUACAACCCCCACGGCCGCCUGGACAGGGUUUCCCCGGCCCGCGACGGCUCCGUGACGUAUGGGAUUACGAAAGUGGAAGGCCAGUCGCUGCACACGGAGCUGGGCCGACCACUGGACAAUUGCAGCAACCUUCGCCUGUCUCCCGUGAAAGGCAUGCAAGAGAAAGGAGAGCUGGAUGAACUUGGCGAUAAGUGCGACAGCAACGUCUCCAGCAGUAAGAAGAGGAGACACCGGACCACGUUUACCAGUUUGCAGCUGGAAGAACUGGAGAAAGUGUUCCAGAAAACACAUUACCCUGAUGUUUACGUCAGGGAGCAGCUGGCGCUGAGAACAGAGCUCACGGAGGCCAGAGUUCAGGUCUGGUUCCAAAAUCGUAGAGCGAAGUGGAGAAAGAGAGAACGAUAUGGCCAGAUCCAACAAGCAAAAAGUCACUUUGCAGCCACCUAUGAUAUAUCUGUCCUACCAAGGACUGAUAGCUAUCCGCAGAUUCAGAAUAAUUUGUGGGCCGGAAACGCAGCCAGCAGUUCCGUUGUGACUUCCUGCAUGCUUCCACGUGACACUUCCUCCUGUAUGACCCCUUACUCCCAUUCACCUCGGACAGAUUCUGGAUACUCGGGCUUUUCAAACCAUCAGAGCCAAUUCAGCCAUGUUCCCUUGAAUAAUUUCUUCACUGACUCUUUACUUUCUGGAACAACCAAUGGACAUGCAUUUGAAACCAAACCAGAAUUUGAACGGAGGUCUUCCAGUAUUGCAGUUCUACGAAUGAAAGCCAAAGAACAUACUGCUAACAUUUCCUGGGCCAUGUAAUGUAAUCUUAUUGCUUUCUUUCUCCAUGUCAGGCAGUCACCCACUUCUGUUAUCCUGUCCUUAUUUUGCAAUAUUUAAAGGACGCAACAAUAAGCUGCUGUGUGAAGAAUUGCUAGUGAUCAGGAUGUACAAUGGAGUCUGCUUAAGCCAAAUACUUAAUAUUCUAUUUAACAAUAACAUUUAAGCAUUACGUGUAUAUGAGGACUGAAUAGAGCCACCAUCUGACAACCUCCAGAAGCCCUCACUACCUUAAAAAUAGCCAAGUAUGUUUUAUUAUACCGGUUGAUGAAAUAUGAUUGUAAA